UGCCCCACACCCUCCUCAGCGUUCCAGGUCUUCUGACGCCAUGGGCACCCGCUACUUCCUAGCCCUGUUUCUCAUCCUCCUGGUAUUGGGAUUUGAAGUCCAGGGGGUCCCUCUGACCCAGGAAGAUGAGACCAGCAGCCCCUCGCUGUUCUCCCAGAUGCAGGAAUCACUUUAUAGUUACUGGGAUACGGCCAAAACAACGGCCCAGGACCUGUACAAGAAGACCUACCUGCCCUCCGUGGACGAGAGUAUAAGGGACAUGUACAGCAAAAGCACAGCGGCUAUGAGCACUUAUGCAGGGAUUUUUACUGACCAGGUCUUUUCUCUUCUGGCGGGAGACGAGUAACGACGGGACCCCACGCACAGGAGAGGAGAUAGUCCAGAGCCCAGCAACUCUUUCGCUCCCGACCACCCCUCCACUCCCCACUUCCUAGCAGCUCUCCGCAUCUUCCUCCCAACUUUAGCCUGAAUUCUUAUCAAU